AUGAACGGUGAUGUUGGCCAACUUUACACAGAUACAUCAGGAUUUGUCAUUUGUUUUUCAAAAAGUGAAAAGUUAUCAUUUGUUGUGUUUGUUUCAGAUGAGAGCGGUGAUUCAUGUUGUGAUGGAGAAACGGCCUCUACAUCAAAACAGCGACUGACAGCACAAACUCUUUCCUGCAUCACCUGUGGAAAGACAUUCAGUUCACAGAGACGUUUAGAGACACAUGAGAGAAAACACACAGAACAGAAACUCUUCACCUGCACCAGAUGUGACAUCAGCUUUCCUACCUUACAAGAGAAGAAACUUCAUUCACAAGAGCACAGAGACCAGAAACACUUUCACUGUCAGCAGUGUGGGAGAGCUUGUGUCUCGUCUUCUAGUCUGAACGCUCACAUGAGGACACACACUGGAGAAAAACCUUUCCACUGCAGUCAAUGUGACAAAUAUUUCAGAACCAAAGGAAAUCUUGUUACUCAUCAAAUAAUUCACACUGGAGAAAAACCGUACGCGUGUCCUCACUGUGACAAGAGAUUCAACCACAAACCUCAUCUGAAGAAACACAUGCGUUCACACACCGAUGAGAGACCGUAUGAGUGCAGUGAAUGUGGAAAAACCUUUAGACAGUCACAUGGUCUGAAGGUACACCAGAGAACUCACUCUGAGGAGAAACUCUAUCAGUGUUCACACUGUGAUAAACGCUUCCAUCAGAAAGCUAAUCUGAUAACUCAUGAGAGAAUUCACACUGGAGAGAAACCUUACCUCUGCUCUCACUGUGGAAAGAGCUUUACUGAUCAUAGUACUUUUAAAGUUCAUCUGAGAAUCCACACUGGAGAACGACCUUAUGACUGCAGUGUUUGUGGGAAGAGUUUCAGUCGUCAUCACCAUUUAGAGAGACACAAGAGAGUUCACACUGGAGAGAAACCUCAUCACUGCAGUGUUUGUGGGAAGAGUUUCACUCAACAAACUACUCUACUAAAUCACCAGAGAAUUCACACAGGUGAAAGACUUUAUAAAUGUUCUCAGUGUGACAAGACGUUUGCUCGAUCAGAUGUCCUGAAAACCCAUAAGAGAGUUCACACUGGAGAGAAACCUUAUCACUGCUCCAUCUGUGGAGAGAGAUUCACUUAUUUAGGAAGUUUUAAUUCUCAUCAGAAGAAACAUGCUGAAGAACAAACUGCACUGGAUUCAUCAUAUGAUUUUUUUAAGUCCAGACACACACAGGACUCGGAGCUCAGCCUCACUUUACUCUGUUAUACUGACACAAACCCCACAGACGCUCAGGACACUGUGUGUGACAGUAAUCACACCUUGAAUCAGGAUGAAUCUACUGAUCAAACCUCCACAGAGUCUCUGGAUUCUGUCUGUAACGCUGGAGAACAGCAGAUCCUGAACACCAGACCACUCAACAUGUGUUCUGUCACACUGAUGGAGAUGAAAACAGAACUCACAGUGAAGGAAGAACAGACUGAUGAAGAUGAGAAUCAUGAUGGUUUUGUUCCUUCAGGUGAAAUGGUGAAUGACAGGAAGCUGGAGAUAAAAACAGAACCCAAAUCAGAGGAAGAACAGACUGAUGAAGACAGCGGGAACAUGAUGGACAUAGAACCCACAGCAGAGGAGCUUUACACUGACGAAGAUGACAAUCAUGAUGAUGAUGAUGAUGAUUUUAUUCCUUCAGAUGAGAGCGGUGAUUCAUGUUGUGAUGGAGAAACGGCCUCUACAUCAAAACAGCGACUGACAGCACAAACUCUUUCCUGCAUCACCUGUGGAAAGACAUUCAGUUCACAGAGACGUUUAGAGACACAUGAGAGAAAACACACAGAACAGAAACUCUUCACCUGCACCAGAUGUGACAUCAGCUUUCCUACCUUACAAGAGAAGAAACUUCAUUCACAAGAGCACAGAGACCACAAACACUUUCACUGUCAGCCGUGUGGGAAGAACUUUGCCUUCUUUUCUAAGCUAAAAGUUCACAUGAAGAGACACAGUGGAGAAAAGUCUUUCCACUGCAGUCAAUGUGGAAACUAUUUCACCACCAAAGGAAGUCUUAUUGCUCAUCAGAGAACUCACACAGGAGUUAAACCGUACGUGUGUCCUCACUGUGAUGAGACAUUCAGUCUAAAGGCCUAUCUGAACAAACAUGUGUAUCUACACACCAAUGAGAGACCGUAUCAGUGCAGUGAAUGUGGAAAAGGCUUCAGGGAUUCAGGUUGUCUAAAGUCACACCAAAAAAUACACUCUGAGGAGAAACUCUAUCAGUGUUCACACUGUGAUAAACGCUUCCGUCAUAAAUCUUCUCUAACAUGUCAUGAGAGAAUUCACACUGGAGAGAAACCUUACCUCUGCUCUCACUGUGGAAAGAGAUUUACUGAUCAUAGUACUUUUAAACAUCAUCAGAGAAUUCACACUGGAGAGAAACCUCAUCACUGCAGUGUUUGUGGGAAGAGUUUCAGUCGACGUUUCUAUUUAGUGACCCACCAGAGAACUCACACUGGAGAAAGACCUUACAAAUGUUCUCAGUGUGACAAGACGUUUACUCAAAGAAUUCUCCUGAGAACCCAUGAGAGAGUUCACACUGGAGAGAAACCUUAUCACUGCUCCAUCUGUGGAGAGAGAUUCACUCAGUUAGGACGUUUUCAGAGUCAUCAGAAGAAACAUGCUGAAGAACAAACUGCACUGGAAUCAUCUUAGAAUCUCUACGAGGCUCAGUAAUCCAGAGAUGUUACCGUCUCAAAAGUGAUGUCAAACUUUGGACAGUUGACAUUCUUUAAGAUGUAUUAAAAACGUUGCAUUCAUGUUACAUGCGUACAGACAUCGCUCAGGAGAAUGACAACAAAAUAUUAUCACAAUAGAGCACAAUUAAUAACAGAGAAAAUUGAAGUCAAUGUAUGAUUUAUGUCCUGCAUGCUUUUUGUUUUCUUUUGUAUAUUCAAAAACAUAUUACCUAAUAUAAUAAUAGUGUGCUUUUUGGCCAAACAUUUUUUUUUCAGGUUUCAUCGAACCUGCAUUAAAAGCGAAUUAUGCAAAAAUAAAGGAACGUCAAUUUUGGCUUCUACUGUACAUGACUUUGUACUGCCAGCAUUUUGCGGUUUUGGAAAUAAAGAUUAAA